AGGGACGGUGCCGGACCAUCGUAUUCCUCUUAUCCUGAGGAACCUCAGACUGUGAGGGACGGUGCCGUCCUUCCAAUAGAAAAGAAGUUUUCCUGUGCUGAGUGCGGAAAGGGUUUCCAUUUUAAAUUCAAUUUUGAUGAUCAUAUAAGAUCUCAUGCAAGUGAGAAGCCAUAUCCUUGCCCUGAGUGCGGGAAAUGUUUUUCAGCGAAGUCACAUCUUGAGAGACAUCAGAGAUUGCACACAAGUGAUAAGUCGUGUAUCUGUCCCGAGUGCGGAAAAAGUUUUGUAAGGAAAUCAGAACUUAUCACGCAUCAGAGAGUGCACACAGGUGAGAAGCCGCAUUCCUGUCCUGAGUGCGGGAAAUGUUUUUCAAAGAAUUCACAACUUUACAGUCAUCAAAGAUUGCACACAGGUGAGAAGCCAUAUUCUUGUCCUGAGUGUGGGAAAUUGUUUACACAGAGGUCCGGUCUUUCCAGACAUCAGAGAUUGCACACGGGGGCAAAGCCGUAUUCCUGUCCCGAGUGUGGGAAAGGUUUUUUAUAUAAGUCCACUCUUUCCACACAUUGGAGAAGUCACUUUCCUGAGUGAGGGAAAUGUUCCUCACUGAAGUCCUGUCUUCCUGUACAUCAGGGAUCCCACACAACCCUCGAGGUG